AUGAUUCCACGCAUCACUUUGCUCGUCAGUCUGGCCGCAUCGACAGUGAGCCAAAUCGUUCUGCAGUCCCAAGAUGGCCUCAAGAACUCAUAUAGCAUAUGGUGCGAUGUGUCCAACACUCCUCCUGCCAUGUUCGAAGUCUGCCAGACAUACAAUCACAAUCAACUCUCCUGCCCUCACGGUCAUCUCCAGGAUCAGAGCAGUGGCAGCGUCUUCUGGUGUCCAGAACCUCUUGGUGCUGUUGUCCUUUGCGCUCCUACACCGGUGCCAGCUUGUGGACUCUGA